AUGUUGAUGAUAGGGUUCGGUACACCAUUUUUAUGCGAUUCUCUUCUAGGAGGAUAUGUUCCAGAGUUCUCUGCUUUCUAUAUAUCCAUGAAGUCUUGCAAAAUGAGCAACGGUGAAGUUCCGGACCAGUAUUGGAAGAAUUUGCUCGCUAUCACCACUAAGGCUUCUGCAGAGUCGGAAACGCCAACUGUUACUCCAAGGCCGAUGAGUGAUGAGAAUCGAAAGUGGCUCGAAAUGGUUAUGCAAGAAUUGGUAAAGGAAAGUGAUCCGAGUCGUCAAAUGGAUACGAUCCUAACGAGUCUGCAUUCAUACGCAUCAAGCACUGCCGAUUUAAAUGAAAGCGAUAUCGGAAAGAUAGAGGAGCUUACUGAUCAUUUGGAGGAUAUUCUCGGUUAUGCUGAGAUCACAAAUAGAUUUGUAAAGAAAGGAGGACUGCUGGUCAUUGAAUCCUUCCUCUGCCAACGUAAUCAUCUUUCUCUACAAUGUCGGUACGCUGAGUUGGUGCUUAGUCUGACGGAGAAUAACCCACAAACGCAAUCCCUCUUUUCUAAAGAGGGACUUCUCACAAAACUGGUAAAAUUACUGGAAGAUGACACCUAUAGUGAGGAAUUUCUCUCCAAAGUUCUCGGAGCCAUAUCAGGAUCAGUGCGGUCUCAUAUUGAGUCGUUUGAAAUAUUCUGCGCUAAUAAUGGAGUGGAACUUCUCUCGGGUACCGUUCGAAGGGCAAAAACCGGUAAACUGGCAGGAAAAGCUGCUCGUGUGUUGACGAGUAUUGCUUAUACCCUGGAAGACUCGCCAGCACAUGUGAAGCUGUUGACAGCUGACAUCCUAACGAAUUUCUUAUACGUACUUCAGAACUUCGCCGCUGAAUGUACCAGUGAACUGGACUACAUUGGCGAGUACAUUCUGGAUUUCAUUGAUAUUACAACAGUUUCAAAAGAAAUGGCGAAUGACCUUGCUAAUACCCUAGAAUAUGGCAAAGUAUCUCUCUCUAUAAUCGAUGACUUGGUUAAGAAACUUCGAGUCGUCACAUAA